AUGCAAUUCGUGGUUUUUGUUGUUAUUGGAUGCUUCGCCAUCAACUGCUACUCGAAACCUCUCCAACAUCGUCGUCAUGAAAUUUCGACAGAAUCUGAGAAAAAACUCAACACCAGCUAUCCUAAAGAGUAUGUUUUUUUGUGAAUUUUAAGAUUUACAAUAAUUGACUGUUUCAGAGGACCAAAUUCAUGGUGUCUCGACUACAGCCAAAAUGGUCGAACGUAUUACAAUCUCAACCACAUUUGUCGCCAAAACAACCAAACCAUCAACUCCAAAAUAUCGGCGGAAAGAUCUGAAAUUCAUAGUAAAAUAUUCAACGAGUUCCAACUCACUGCCGAGGAUAUUGAAAUUGUUUGUGUUCCGAGUGACUAUCAUGAAAAAUUGAGUUCCGAUGAAACAUAUGAAUUCAUGACCGCCGACCAUAUUAAUAUCAUUUGCGACAAUGACGAGUAUCUGAACCUAAUUGAUGAACUGGUCAUUUUUGCCUAUCAAUUUCCCAGUGAAGUCCAAGAUGGUAUCAUUCCAAAGUAAGCAUUGAAAAAAAUUAAACCAGAAAAAACGUAUAUAUGAAUUUUCAGAGGUCAAAUGAAGCCCAAAAUGGGCAGAGAACACACCAGGAACAAUUUGUUGAACAAUCCUGAAGCUGCAACCGAACUUCUCAGAAGAUACCUAGAUCACAGAGCUGUUCCUACCAUGAUCCAAGUCAACUAUAACAAAAAUUGGAAUUAA